AUGAACGCCACGGGGACCCCGACGGGGGACCCCGAGUCCUGCCAGCUGCUGGCGGCCGGCGGGCACAGCCGGCUCGUCCUCCUGCACUACAACCACUCGGGGCGGCUGGCGGGGCGCGCUGGGGCGGAGGAGGCCGGUCUGGGGGUGCUGCGAGGGCUGUUCGUGGCCAUGAGCUGCCUGGUGGUGCUGGAGAACCUCCUGGUGCUGGUGGCCAUCGCCAGCCGCAUGCGCUCCCGGCGCUGGGUCUACUACUGCCUGGUGAACAUCACGCUCAGCGACCUGCUCACCGGCGCCGCGUACCUGGCCAACGUGCUGCUGUCGGGGGCGCACACCUUCCGCCUGGCGCCGGCCCAGUGGUUCCUGCGCGAGGGCCUGCUCUUCAUGGCGCUGGCAGCCUCCACUUUCAGCCUGCUCUUCACGGCCGGCGAGCGUUUCGUCACCAUGGUGCGGCCGGUGGCCGAGAGUGGGGCCACCAAGCGGGGCCGCGUGUGCAGCUUCAUCGGGCUGUGCUGGCUGCUGGCGGCGCUCCUCGGCCUGCUGCCCCUGCUCGGCUGGAACUGCGUGUGCGCCUUCCAACGCUGCUCCAGUCUCCUCCCGCUCUACUCCAAGGACUACAUCCUCUUCUGCGUAGUGGUCUUCGCUUUCAUCCUGGCCACCAUCAUGCUGCUCUACGGAGCCAUCUUCCGAGUAGUGCGCGCCAACGGGCAGAAGGCGCCUAGCACCCCGGCGCGCCGCAAGGCCCGCCGGCUGCUCAAGACGGUACUCAUGAUCCUGGUGGCCUUCGUGGUGUGCUGGGGCCCGCUUUUCGGCUUGCUGCUGGCCGACAUCUUCGGCUCCAACGUCUGGGCGCAGGAGUACCUGCGGGGCAUGGACUGGAUCCUGGCGCUGGCCGUGCUCAACUCGGCGGUCAACCCCAUCAUCUACUCCUUCCGCAGCCGGGAGGUGUGCCGGGCCGUGGUGGGCUUCCUGUGCGGCGCGUGUCUCCGGCUAGGGCUUCGAGGGCCUGGGGACUGCCUGGCUCAGGCCGUCGAGGCCCACUCUGCAGCCUCCAACACCGACAGCUCACUGAGGCCGAGGGACAGCUUUCGGGGUUCUCGAUCGCACAGCUUCCGGAUGCGGGAGCCCCUGACCAGUGUCUCUAGCGUGCGGAGUGUCUGA